AUGACGUCACAAAAUGAGACGACGUCGUUGUCGCCGACGGAAUCCAUCGAAGAACUGUGCUCGUAUCCGCCGGCGCCGAUGUUGGAAGUCCGAUUUUGGCUGGUUUCUGUGUUCGGUUCGACGGUGUCGGUCAUCUCCAUCGUCGAGAACAUCUUCCUCUUUCUUCUCUUCGCCACCAGGUUGGUCUUACAAAGAAGAUCAUUUUAUUUUACAGUUGGAAUUAUCCUAAAAACUGGCAAGAACAUUCUUUGACUUACCAGAUGAUUAUUCUGCAAGUCUCGAACUGCCAAACUCUCUAGUUUAGUAAAAUGAGAGCUCAAAGUCUCAAGAUAGCUGAUUUAUCAGAUUUUGAUGGCUUUCUUCGACUUUUAGGAGUCCUUCCUCGAAAGCUAAAAGUAAUCUGCAGGUUUAGACAUCCAGGAUCUCAAUCUGGUACAUGAAGAAUUUCAUGACCGAUUUUUGAAAAAAAUACGCAACCGCAAAGUAAAGAUGAACCUCGGUUUCAGGAAGCGACACCGCAAGGAGAACGUCUACAUGAUGUUGUUGGCGUUCUUCGACAUUUUCGUCAGCAUCGCCUACGUCAUGCUCAUGUCGGUCAACAUCCUGGCUGACUACCUGGAAUCGCCGGUUCUUAUUCAGAUUUGGUGGGUCUGAGAUUGUGAAAUCUACCUUUUCUAACUUCUUUUUUUGCGUUGAUUUUCAAUUGCCCCUAUAUUUAUACUUCAUUCACCACGGUAUUGAGCAUUCUGACUUGUCUGUGCUCUCUUAUCUCUCACUUUUAGGGUAUUAGAAAAAUUAAUAUAGUCUGAAAAUGUAUGUUCCAGAAAAGUCAAGAAAAAGUAGUUCAUAAUUCAAAAGAAGAGGCAUUUUUUUCUUAAUUAGGGAUUUCAUAAAAAUAAUUUUGAGGGUUUGAGAUUGAAGAUACUUGAAAAAAAGUCAAAAAGCUUUGGAAUUGGUUCUAUUUUUUCUGUUACACCGAAAAACUUCAAAAUUAAAGCGAGAACGAGAAAUUUUUCUGAAUAUUUUUUCUCAUCAUAUUUUUCCAUUUGGCGAUUUCGUGAAUAAAAUAAAAAAAUAAAUUUUUUUUUCGAAAAGGCGUGGGUUCGAAGAAAUCGAUAGUGAAUAAUUAAAGGAGAAUGUACGGAGAAUUUCUUAAAAGUUGUAAUAAAAACAACUUCUAGCGAAGUAGUAGCCUAAACGUGUAGUUGACGAGUUGAAGGCAUGUUUUUCAAGAUCUGGGACGUUGUUUUUGACGAGUUUCCGAUGUAAAAAAUGUUGGGAGAGAAUGAAUCGUCAAGUUUUUCGAAAUCUCUCAAUUGAAGUUACUAGAAAUAAAAUUAGAAAAAUUCAGGUUCUCAUACAUGGUGCCGAUGAUCACGAUAUCGCACAUCGCCAUGUCUUCAUCGUCUUUUCUCAUCGUCGCCGCUUCUUUCGAGAGAUAUUGCCUGACUUUGAACAGUCGGUUUCUUAGAACUGCGCAGAAGUGAGCUUGAAUUAAAGAAAUCAAUUUGAAACAUAUUGCCAAGGUUUUAAAGGAACAUAGGCAAAAUUAUCGCAGAGAGCUUAUUUUUCAGUAAUCAUUUGAGUUGUUCUUGGCUAUUGGGCCUUGAAAAAAGGCGUAGGAAAAGUUAGGUAGGGUUUUGGAACGAAAAGUCUGUCGCUUUCGCUGUUUCGAGAAGACUAUUGGUAAAAAAAAAACUUUAGUAACUUUUUUUCAGGCAACGUUUGCUGAUAGCCUUGAGCGCAGUUUUCCUGGGCAUUCUCAGUAAAGGAACGAUGUGCCUUGAAUUUCAGGUAUUUUUUUAAAGUGUGAUUAUCCUACACAGAAUAACCCGGACUCACACAAAAUUGAAUUUCAAAAUUUUGAAAGCGGCUUGGGAUUUAUUUCAAUUAAUAACUUCAUUUUUUCUAGAAAUGGUACAAGAACAAAAAGGCCGCAAGGAAUGGCAAAAAUUUUUGAAUUCCCGCGUAGAGUGGAGAUCUACUUCAAAGUUGCUCAAAUGACAAAAGGCCGCGUAAAUUAAAAAUUUUUCUCUUUUUUUCCCACUAAGAAUAACUGCCGAAACGCGAGACGCUGGCGGUACAUUCACGAGCUCGCAAACAUCUCGCGUUUUUUCUCGCGCCGGUCUCGCAUUUUUCUAGGCGUGAGCUCGCAUUUCUCUCGCAAUUUUAAAAUUUCCGAAGUGCAAGAUAAAUGCGAGGUCGCGCCGAGAAAAAUGCGAGACCGGCGCGAGAAAAAACGCGAGAUGUUUGCGAGCUCGUCAAUGUACCGCCAGCGUCUCGCGUUUAUCUCGGCAGUUAUUCUUAGUGCUUACAUCAAAUAGCCCCGAUACACGGCGUUCCCAAACGGGGUGGCAAGACGUCAAAAAAAUUUUGGCGCGAAAUUUGAAAUCUACAGUACUUCAGCCGAAGGCGAUCGAACAAACAAGUUAUUAA